AUGCAUCAUUCACCUUUCAUUGAGUUGCAUCGUCCGUCAGGCUGCGGGAGUGGCUUCGGGUGUCUGGGUCCAGACAAUGAUUUGGGUGCUCGUGACGAAGAAAGGAUACGUUUCGGCGAGACCCUUCACAAGGCGGGUGGCGGUAACGACAGCCGGGGUGCCAGUAGGGCUUGCGGCGUCGUCCUGUAUGAUGCUAAGUGUAUAGGACUGGAGUGGACAAUGUAUGGGCAGAAGGAAAGCCAAGACUCAGAAAGAGGCAUCGGAACAAAUACGCAGUACACUAGUCCGUUCAGGGCGGCCGAUAGUUUAUACCUGUUCUGUUUAGAUGCACAAAGCGAUACUGCCGCGAUGACGGAACCAGGCACACAUGUUCUUGCUGAGCUCUGCGAUCGAAGAGUGCGUCGGCCGCCGAGGUUGCUCGAUUUCAAAGAGAAUUAG